UCUGACCGUGUCUUUGUCCUCGUUUCUGUUCGGACAGAAAUCCAAUCAGGACAAAAUGUUGGACAUCAAGAAAAAAGAGGACGAAGAAGAAGAAGAGGAGGAGACGCAACAGCCCCUCCCCCCUCCUCCGCCUCCCGUUGACAUGGAGACGAUGACAUCGCUGAGGAAGCAGGACCUGGUGUGCAUCGUGUGCUUCGGCAGUUAUGACUUGGCUGCGCGGUUGCCACGGCGACUGCACUGCGGCCACGCCUUCUGCCAGGCCUGUCUGAAGAGACUGGACACGGUGAUCAACGAACAGGUGUGGAUCCCCUGCCCCCAGUGCAGACAGAACACCCCUCGGCCCAGAGGAGGAGCCUCUAACCUGGACCUGGACCUGGCCUCCUUCCUGGGGGUGAAGUCCCAGCAGACCGCCACCUCCUGCUCCUCCUCCUCCUGGAGCUCCGCCCGCAGGGAGGGGCCCGUCGCCGGGGAGACGACCCCCGACGGGAAGCUGUGGCUGGGGAAGGAGGCGGCCGACGACAGCUGGUCCCACGGAGGAUUGGCCGAGCCCCGCUUCCAUCGCUACGGCAACUGCUGCCCCACCUCCUCCUAUUGGCUGUGCUGUUGGUUCUGCUGCCCGGGGCGGGGCUAAAGCAGGGGGGUGGGGCUAAAAGUGACCUGUGGUGGUAAUGAAUGAAAACUACAGAAGUAAAUCUGUUCCAUCAGAUUUUG